AUGUUUGGAUUACUGGCUAAUAGAGCUGUUAUUAGAUCAGCUAGCAUAACGGUUCAACAAUGCAGAACCUUCUUCCCAUUAAGGUCUCCAAAACAACCUGUAUUUGAACCAUUACCUAAAAAGAGAAAUGGAGAACCUAUCAUGGAAUAUGUAGUUUUUGUUAAUAAUUUUGAGGUACUAGGUAAGCCAUUUUCUUUUCUUGAACAUACCAAAACUGGAUUAAGAGCAGGUGAUAUCAUUAAAGUCACUUAUACUGAUAGAACCGAUGUUACCGGGAAAGUCAUUGGUAUUAAAAGAGGACAUAAUAAUUUAGGUACCAAUAUAUUAAUAAGAACAAAACUUCAAAGUAUUGGUUCAGAACUUAGAAUCCCACUUUAUAAUCCAAAAAUCAGAAAUAUUGAACGUGUUUGGAAACCAGAAGAAUAUAGACCAAGAAACCAACAAUACUAUAUCAGAGGUGCUAGAUUUGAUGUUGAUGAUGUUGAAGAGUUUGUUAAGCGUGAGAUUUCUAGGCCGGCAAGAAUGGCUAUUAAAAUGGCUAAGAGGGAAGCUGAACAAAAGGCUGAAGCUGUUAAAGCAGCAAAGAGAGAAGCUAAGAGAUUAAAGAGAGAGAAAUCAGCUUUGGAACAUGCUUUGUCAGCUGCUAAAGAAAAAGAGCAAAAAAGCAAGAAAUAA